AUGCCGAGCAGCAAGCAGACUAUCAAUGAAUAUGCACUGAGGGCUGAAGGAGAGAUGACUCAGAUGGCUGAAGCACCAGAGGGCGCCCACGAGGCUGUCCACUCGCAGGUCUCCAGGGCCCAAACCGGACCUCAGGCCUGGGUGCGGUCCUACCGCUCCAAACAGCCGCGCACCAAGGCGAGAUCAGGGAACAAGAAGAGCCCCACGUCUUCCCACGCCCCGCCCCCUCCCCAGGGCCCCAAGGAGCCGCGAGAUUCCCGGGCUGAGCGGAAGGCACUUCUCAGCCUUCCCGCGGAGGUCGCGGGGCGGGAAGUGAAAUACGAGGAAGAGAACAAAUGCCCAGCGCCUAGCUUAGGGCCCCUGCUGGGGUGGGAUGCCAAGUGCAAGUGGGGAGACCUAACCUUGAAAGGCCAGACUCAAGGGGUCUCAGGGCUCACAGGGCGAAGAGUGGAGGGAAGCAGGGGGCGCGGGACUGUGCGGAAGGCAAAGCUUGCAGAAGAGCCGGGGCUGGAGGAUGGGGGAGGCCGCGGACUUCCUGGUCCGCCCCGCCCGGCCGGCCCGCCCCCGCGCCCCGCCCCGGCCCCGCCGGCCCGUCCCCCACCCCCCCACUUCCUCCGGCCUCCCGCUCUCACUUCCUUCUUGAGCCCAGAGCCGCCGCCGCCGCCCCCAGCUCCCCCGCCGCGGGGAGGGCACCAGGUGAGGCCCGGGUCGGGCCCGGUGGGCAGGGGUCCUGGGAAGAGGCGUUCAGCUGGCCCGGACUGGGUACCCGGGAGCCGGGAAGUUUCCAGGAGGGAGGCCGAGGGCGGGAGGUUUUCGUUCGCUGCAAGUUGGGCGGGCGCGGCAGGCCGGGCGGGGACAGCGGCCACAGCGAGCCGAUCGCUGGUGGCUGGGUUGAGGGAUCCGAGGGACAGCGCGGGCUCCUGCUGUCCGCGAGGGACCCCUGAGAUCCGAACCGUGAGAGGCUCGGAAGUGGGAAAGCGCUGA